AUGAAGUUUGCUACUCUUUUCGCUCUCGCAACCUCUCUCGUUGCUGCCUCCGCCAAAAACAUCCUCAUCACCAACGACGAUGGAUGGGCAGCAACCAACAUCAGAGCUUUCUACAGAGACCUCAAAGCCGCCGGCCACAACGUUGUUAUGGUGGCCCCGGCCAGACAAUACUCCGGUAACGGUGGAAGAUUCAUCAUUCCAGAAACCGCCAACCUCACCGCCCCGGCCGUGUUCAACUACCCGGGACUGGGCGCCCCAGCCUGGGGCCACGAGGAAGACGACCUGAACGUGUGGUACUUUGACGGGUCUCCAGCCGCAUGUGUCUCCAUGGGUCUUGAUUACGUCAUCCCAACCUAUUUCAACAACUUCACUGUGGACAUUGUUCUUGGCGGUCCUAACGAGGGUGACAACCUCGGAGAAAGAGACUUUGUCAUCUCCGGAACCGAAGGAUCCGCCUACUACGCCGUGGAAAGAGGCUAUCCGGCCAUUGCCUUUUCUGGAGCCAAUGGAAACAACUCCUUCUUCAAGGACAACCUAGAUACCGACCCGGACCAUGCUCCAAACAUCUACUCGAAAUACGCCGUGGAGCUGGUCAACACUCUGUUCGAGGCCCAAGGAGACGCCGACAAGCUGCUGCCACCAGCGUACGGCCUGAACGUCAACUUCCCAGCGGCAGGCUCCGACAUCAACGCCAACUGCACCAGUUUGACCUGGAAACACACACGGUUCACGGGCUCGGACAGUCUGGCGUACCGCGUGGAAUACGACGCUUCUGCAGAGAACCUGAAACAAACCACGAUCAAGAGCGGCGCCGUGGAGGUCAACCUUGCGGGAGAUCUCACUCUUCCUGGCGAGUUCACCAUCAUCAACAACGGGGACUGCGACGCGACGAUCUCUGUGUUCACCACCGACUUGGACGCCAGCAGCGAGAUCAGCGCCGAAGCCCGCACGCUGUUCGAGUCCGUCUUGGCUAAUUAG